AGGCAUGUGGCCGCGUACAUCACGUCUUACACCACCCGGAGGCGCAGCCACAGACCGAGCGCAACCCUUCAUUCGCUCGACUGUUUUCGAUUUGUUUUUGCUUCUUGUAAAGGCGCCACUGCCUUGCUUUUGGUACUCCAGCUGUUGCAGUCAACCAGCCCAUCACUGGGAUCACGAGCGCCUCAAUUACUUGGGUAUACUAUAGGACCAGCAUUGAAGUUUUUCCAUGUAUGAUGCUGUUUCGUGACGUUGGUGUUGAAAAGGAGCAAGUAGCUUAUUCGUAUGACGUUGCUCAUGCUGCUUAUCCGUUCUCC